UUUAUAUCAACUAAUGUCGGGAAGUUUAAGGCACACAAUGUUUUUUUCCGGUGUUGUUAAAAUACAGACUCGUGUUCUGACUCAGCAGAAUGUGGGCGUGUUGUCGUUCAGAAACUUUCUCGAGCUCGAGUGUGAGGAAACUUCUGAGAUUGUGCAACUGGGGGGGCGAGUUGACAAUGAAUCACUACGGCAACGGGCCGACACACACUGCAGAGAGCCAACAAAGUGAGGAAAGACUCCCACUUUGGACCAACACACCCUUAACUUUUCCAGAAAGAGCUGUGGUUGUUUAGUCACUAGGUAGAGGACAGUUUAACUGAGCACAUUCGUUUGCAGCGCCGCAGCAGAGCAGGUGAACCGGCCUCAAUAAAUCAACUCGCAGGGACAAAUUUAAUUUCAAGGAGAAAUAUUGCUGCUUGGGAGAGAAUCCGCAAAAGCCUAUCGGGAGCGUAGGAGGCACCGUACUAAAAGAGACCGAGUGAGACAGAGCGUUAACAAGGGCAUCAAAGCCAUGGAGCAUGAGGAGAACUACAGCAGCCUCCACGAGGAGGAGCCGACCCCCGGAGCGAACCGGCUCAUUCUGGAGCACAGCGACGGCUCCCGGGGACUGAAGCGGGGCGUCGAGUGUUUGAGGAGUCGGGCUGCUCUCCUGAUGGCUUUAUGCUUUUUGGCCUCCGUCUGUGCCAACAUCAUCCUCACUGUGCUCCUGGUUGGCAGGCCGGUGCCUGGUGCUCCCCUGGACUCCCCAUCUCUCGGUUUCAAGCUGAACUCGGCACGGACGCGUUACGCCCGGCUGUGCGAGGACUACAGCGCUCUGGGACAGAGCUGUUCAAAGACAGUUCUUGCCCUCUUCAUCUCAUCAAUAGUUAAGCGGUGCAGGGAUUGCCCUGAAGGAUGGCUCCAUGCCGGGGACCAGUGUUACUACUUCAGCAACGACAAGCUGGACUGGCUGAAGAGCAGAGAUAGCUGUGCCGAUAUGGGCGGCCAUCUUACAAUACUGCACACCAUGGAACAGCAUGACGCUCUGGUAGAAGAAGUCAAGAAAAGUGACGGAUUUGAUUACCACUUCUGGAUCGGUCUGUCUGACCUAGACAGCGAGGGAGACUGGAGAUGGGUGGACAACACAACAUUGCAACACAAAUACUGGGAUCAGUUGAGCUCCGAGCCAAAUAACCAUCAGUCAGGAGGGGAACAUGGAGAGGAUUGUGCCACCUUAGACAGCCAUGCAAAGACAUGGUUUGAUGUUCCCUGUGAGCACAUUUAUAAACGGAUCUGCCAGAUGGAUGUCAUUCAGCUCGACUGAAUCCCAAUACUACUCAAAACAUUGCAAAACACAAGGUUGUGAAAGAGAAAGAAAAUGAAUGGUUUCAGAAUAACAGAAAACAAAUCUCAGACCAAAAGGUUGUUCUUGUGACAUAUAUUUGUAUUUUUUACUGGUGGAAUGGUUUCUGAAAUGGUUGGUUUUUGAAAAUCUCAAUAAAUUGAGAUACAAUAUAUUGGAGAAAAUUGUAUAACUCUUGAGUGAAAAAAAAUGUAAAGAGAUUAUGUAUUUUAGUGUUGCACACAUUUUAGAUAGAGUUGGAUGUAAUUAUUUGUUUUUAGAAGAUAUACUGUAAUUUGUCCUCUUUUGUGCCAAUUUAAAAAUAAUGAGCCUAUAAAUAUAUUCAAAUCAGGUCUUCAUGUUGCAAAGUUGAAUGGCACAACACUAUCAUUGUGUUCUACAAAUUUGAGUCACUGUUGUUAAUCUUUAGAAGACAUUUCGAAAAAAAUGUGAGAAAAGUGAGCUGCAAAAUAUUUCAGAAACAUUGUAUAUUUAGUUGUACGGUUGUUUACCCAUUAAAGGUACAUAAGAGAGUGGGAGCCUUUUGACAGCUCUAAACCUUGGUGAGUCAUUAAGCUGGUGGAUUGUAGUUAACAGUGCUAAUAGCACUAACAGUAUAAUCUACAUCCAACAUGCCCCUGGAGCCACAGCUGUAUGGGGGAACAGGAGUGUGGGGGCUGUGUGAGUCACUUCCAUAAAUCCGUCUAUCAAUAGACCUUUCCCUUUAACCAUAUUGGGAUUUUUUUUUUUCAAAACACAUUACUGUCUUAUCUAGCCUAGUUUUGUUUCUUGUUAAUCCUGAGUGAAAGGGAGCUUCUCUCACAGAAUGUAGUCUGUAAGUAAUCAAAAUGUCUGCUCGUCUCGGGUUGUUGGCUGACCAGCACACACUCAAAGUAGUAGCUCAAUGCAGUAGUGUAACAUUGCAUAUGUAUAUAGCAAAAUAUUAACAUUGACAUGAAGUUAAGUUUUACAAAAUGUGAAUUUCUCACUGAAACAGAAUUGAUUGAUAUGCAUUUCUAGCAAAAAUAAAUACAGGUCAAUAAAAUCUAUUGCUGAACAGUU